UCCAUCUUAACAAAAUCUGCCCUUUUGGUAGGACCCAGAGAACCAAAGCCAGGAUAUGGAUUAGGUAGUCCAUUGACCACGUAUAAGCAAUAAACCACGAGGCAUAGGCGGUAGAAUUAAUCUUAGACGACCAGUUCAAUUCAUUCGAAGCUAAGUAUGAAAGAUGUUCUCGUUUCUUGCAUUAAUGGGUAUAAUAGGUAAGGUUUGCACACGUCUUCUUGUAUGACAAGAUCUCUCUUUGGCCAAGUCCAACCAUAAGCUAAGCCUAUAAGUACACAAAUGAGCAGUCCAGAAGAUCACAACGAAAGCAGCCCAGAAAUCACCAUUACUUGCUGCAAAGUUACUCCAAUCUUACUGCAAUUUCAAAGAUUCACAGCCAAACAUGGCCUCCCUCAGCCUCUUCCGAGCACUUCUCCUCUUGUCCCUCACAGCCUCGGCUCUCUCGACGCGUCCCUACAAUAAAGGCCUCUCGCCAAACUUCUAUGACUACGUUUGCCCUCAAGCGUUACCCACCAUCAAGCGCGUCGUCGAGGUGGCGGUGCAGCAAGAGCGACGCAUGGGCGCUUCCUUGCUGCGCUUGCACUUCCAUGACUGUUUUGUCAAUGGUUGUGAUGGGUCGAUACUCUUGGAUCCAACCCCGACCAUCGACAGCGAAAAGUUCGCACUUCCUAAUAACAAUUCAGCUAGAGGGUUUGAAGUAAUCGACCAAAUUAAGGCGGAGGUCGACAGAGUAUGCGGACGUCCGGUGGUAUCUUGUGCGGACAUCUUGGCUGUCACCGCUCGUGACUCCGUCGUUGCGUUAGGAGGGCCUUCGUGGAAAGUACGACUCGGACGAAGAGACUCGACGACGGCGAGCAGGACGACAGCAAACAACGACAUCCCUGCGCCGAACAUGGACUUACCCACCUUAAUCAACAAUUUCAAGAGACAAGGUCUUAAGGUCAAGGACUUGGUCGCGCUGAGCGGUGCUCACACGAUCGGUUUCGCGCAGUGCUUUACUUUCAGGGACAGGAUAUUCAAUGACAGCAACAUCGACAAGGCAUUCGCGAAGAAUCUCCAGUCCUACUGCCCGCGCACAGGAAGCAACAGUAACCUCGCAAGUUUAGAUCCAACACCAGCGCGUUUCGACACAUUGUACUACAAUAACCUGUUGACCCAGAAGGGCCUUCUUCACUCUGAUCAGGCACUUUCAACUGGUGAAUCGGCGCUUGAGCUAGUGAAGAGUUAUAGCCACAAUUAUGAAGCUUUUUGGAAGGAUUUCGCAAAAUCAAUGGUCAGAAUGGGAAACAUCAAGCCAUUGAUCGGAAGCCAAGGUCAAAUCCGCUCAAACUGCCGGAGGGUGAAUUAAAUUCAGAACAGCUUGAAGCCAUUGAUUCCAUUAAAUUAAGCCUAGUUGUCAUGAUUUUCUUUCUUUUUACGUGUUUGUCGUAAGUGUAACAUUGUAUUAUUUGCUGUGAUUAGUUC